AUCUCAGUUUUGGUCAUUUCCUGUAAAUUUCACUGAAACUGUAAUCACUCUUCCCCUUAUAAGAACCAAGGGGAUAGCUUCUGAACCAAUCCAAAUUGAAGUCGAUUACUACACACAUCAUGGCUUACUGCAACUUUCCAUCUUCCAUUGUCUCCCCUUUCUCACUGUUGAUCCUCUUGCUGCUCACUCUCUUUGCACAUUCCUCCGUUUAUUCUUUGCCAUUGUGCCAUGAGCAUGAGAGGGCGGCUCUUCUGAAAUUCAGAGCUUCUCUCAUCCACCCAAGUGAAACUUCGAAGGGGGUUGAAUUUUUGGAGUCAUGGAAAGGGCUCAAUUGUUGUCAUUGGGAGCGAGGUAAGUUCCACUACACCAAUUCUCAUGUCUUGAGUCUAUAUUUAUCUGGCAUUAGAGGGGAUGAUACUAAGUUAGGCAGAGUGUAUCUGAACGCCACCUCCUUAACUCGACUGCAGCAGCUGAGCUUUUUGGGGUUGAGUUUUAACAAUUUAGGUGGUGAGCUACCAUUUAAAGAACUCUCAAAAUUGAGGAACUUGAACUUUUUAUAUUUGGAUUCCAAUGACUUUGAGGGGCCAAUUCCUGAGGAGGUAGGCCUACUUACUUCACUCCAUGAACUGUGGUUGGACGACUGUAGGCUCCAAGGAAGCAUACCUUCAGCUUUGGACAACUUGCACCAUCUCAAGGAACUCAGUUUGGGUGGUAACCAACUUGAUGGGAGCAUCCCUCCGUCUCUGUGCGCCCUCCCUGCCAUUUUUGGAAAAACUUUGUCUGAAGGAUAAUGAAAUAAAAGGGGCCAUACCCUCUUGCUUGGGCAACCUCUCUGUUCUUUCCGGUCUCAACCUUAACCGAAAUCACCUAGGGGGUUCCAUCCCUCAUGAGCUACAUAAUCUCCAGUCCUUGGCAGUGUUGGAUCUCAGUCAUAAUGAUUUAUGGGGUAAUUUCUCCUUCUCUACUUUCUCAAACCUAUCUGAACUCGUCGAAGUUGCCCUUUCUUAUAACCCAAAGCUGACAAUAUUGCCGUCGAAUCACACUCUUUUUCAGCUUAGCUUCCUCUAUAUGUCUCCAUGCAAUGUAAGCAAGUUUUAUACGAGCAUUCCAAGCUUUCUCUCCACACAAUACAUAUUAGAAUUUGCUGAUUUCUCCAACAACAACAUUCAGUGGCGUAUUCCCCCUCGUUUACUUCAAUUCACAGUAGCACUAGAUUAGAGUGGGAAUUUUUUCUCGGGGGCCCUUGUUUUACCCAACACAUCUUCUAGUCUUAUAUCUUUGGACAUAUCAAACAAUCAACUCAGUGGGGAACUACCAACAAACUUCUCUUGUUUUCCAAGUCUCAAAGUAUUGAAAAUCUCUAAUAGUUCUCUUUAUGGGAACAUUGCUAAUUAUAUCAACAACCCCAAGCAAUUGACCGUGUUAGGUUUAUCUGCAAAUGAUAUAACAGGUAAUUUGCCCUCCUCAACUUACGAUUUUGAAGUCCUGAACUUAUCGAACAACAAAAUCACUGGAAGACUACCCUGUAAUCUAACUCGUGGAAAUCAACUAAAAUAUUUAGGGUUGUCUGGAAACUACUAGGAGGGGCCCUUGAUAUCUGAAUAUUUUAACCUUUCCAGCUUAGAAUCAUUGCAUCUUGAUGGCAACACAUUGAAUGAAACUAUUCCUGAAAAUCUCGUAUCGCGUAGUCCAUCCCUGGUGAUUCUAGACAUUGCAAAUAAUAACACGUCAGGUGUCAUUCCCAAACAGCUAAAUAAACUUAGAAAUUUGCAAGUACUAAACUUACGAGGUAAUCACUUUAGGAGUGGAAUUCUAUUUAGUUUAUGUCAAUUGCAACACCUUGCCGUUCUCGACGUUGCUCAAAAUAAACUUAAUGGUCCCAUACCAGCUUGCUUCUGUAAUAUUUCUUUAUUAUCUGGCAAGCCUGAUACCCUUGGUAUUCAUGUAUCUAUUCGCAUUAAGUACGGCAUAAGAUUCCCAAUUAUAGGAGAAGAGAUCAAUUUUGCCAAAGGACAUGUACAGUUUCAGUGGGAAAGCCCUUGUAUACAUGACUCAGUUGGAUUUGUCUUGCAACAAGUUGAGUGGCCCAAUUCCACCAGAGAUGGGGCGAUUGAAAGCACUCGAGAUGUUAAAUCUCUCCAACAACCAUCUAACUGGGCCAAUCCCCAAUUCCUUUGGAGAGUUAUCAAGUCUCACAACUUUGGAUCUUUCUCACAAUGGGCUCUUUGGUCCAUUACCUCCUCAACUGAGUAAACUCAGCCUUUUGUCCAUCUUCUCCGUCGCAAAUAACAAUCUAUCAGGUUGGAUACCAAGUGGGACCCACUUUUGUACCUUCAAUGAGACUUCUUUUAGUGGUAACCCUGGGCUGCAUUCUCUCCAAGGAGUCGGAUGUUCCACCACCGUAUCACACAAUGCUUCGAGCACAUCAAAUAAUAACGAGGGAGGAGAUACAGAGGAAGGAUGGCUGGACAGAACUCCAAUAUUUUAUGCUUGUGUUGUUUCGGGCUAUACUACUGGUUUUUGGGGAACUGUUGUAUUUCUCUUUGUGAAUAGGAGAUGGGGACUCACUUGUGUGAGAGCCAUGGAUAAAAUAUUCAUCUACAUCUUUCCUUCUCAAUACAAGCAAAUACUUGCAUAAUUCAAGCAUUAUUUCACACAAGAAAGUUCUCUUUUGUAGGGUUAAUACCAUUAUGCAGUUAUGGUUUUUGUAAAAGUGAACGAGCAAUCCAUGUUUUCUAAUGUUGUUAUCCU